AUGGUCAACUUUACCGUGGACGAAAUCCGUCAACUGAUGGACCGUCCGGCAAACAUCAGAAAUAUGUCCGUCAUUGCGCAUGUUGAUCACGGCAAAUCCACUCUUACCGACUCCCUCGUACAACGUGCUGGUAUCAUUUCUGCUUCCAAGGCUGGUGAAGCUCGAUUUACCGAUACUCGCCAAGAUGAGCAAGACCGAUGUAUUACCAUCAAAUCGACUGCCAUCUCUCUGUAUGCUCAUCUACCCGAUGAGGAAGACUUGAAGGAUAUCCCACAGAAGGUGGACGGUAAUGAGUUUUUGAUCAACCUGAUCGAUUCCCCAGGUCACGUCGACUUCUCUUCUGAGGUUACAGCUGCUCUUCGUGUCACGGAUGGUGCUCUUGUUGUGGUAGACUGUGUUGAAGGUGUCUGCGUUCAAACUGAAACGGUACUCCGUCAAGCUCUUGGUGAACGUAUCAAGCCAGUCGUGAUCAUCAACAAGGUCGAUCGUGCGCUCCUCGAGCUCCAGGUCGAGAAGGAAGAUUUGUAUCAGUCAUUCUCGCGAACGAUUGAAUCAGUUAACGUCAUCAUUGCCACCUACUUUGACAAAGCUCUUGGUGAUGUGCAAGUCUACCCAUACAAGGGUACCGUUGCUUUUGGUUCCGGUCUUCACGGUUGGGCAUUCACUGUUCGGCAGUUUGCUGUCAAAUAUGCCAAGAAGUUCGGUGUGGACAAGAUCAAGAUGAUGGAGCGCCUCUGGGGUGACAAUUAUUUCAACCCGGCAACCAAAAAGUGGACAAAGACCGGUAAUCAUGAGGGCAAGGAACUAGAGCGUGCCUUCAACCAAUUCAUUCUUGACCCAAUCUUCAAGAUCUUUAACGCCGUCAAGAGUUCCAAGAAAGAAGAGAUCAACACCCUUGUGGGCAAGCUUAACAUUAAGUUGACUGGUGAAGAGAAAGAGCUGGAGGGCAAGCCGCUGCUUAAGAUCAUCAUGCGCAAGUUUCUGCCUGCUGCUGAUGCGCUCCUUGAGAUGAUGGUUCUGCAUCUACCAUCUCCUGUUACUGCCCAGAAAUAUCGUGCGGAGACCCUGUACGAAGGCCCCUCUGAUGACGAGGCUUGCAUUGGUAUCCGAGACUGUGACCCUAAGGCUCCGCUCAUGUUAUACGUAUCCAAGAUGGUCCCCACUUCAGAUAAGGGCCGCUUCUACGCUUUUGGCCGCGUCUUUUCUGGUACAGUCCGCUCAGGCUUGAAGGUCCGGAUCCAAGGUCCCAACUACACGCCAGGUAAGAAGGAGGAUCUGUUCAUCAAGGCAAUUCAGCGGACAAUUCUCAUGAUGGGUCGAUUCAUCGAGCCGAUCGAGGAUGUCCCGGCUGGUAAUAUCCUGGGUCUAGUCGGAGUCGAUCAGUUCCUGCUCAAAUCCGGCACCUUGACCACCAGCGACACUGCUCACAACUUGAAAGUCAUGAAAUUCUCCGUCUCCCCCGUCGUGCAGCGCUCUGUCGAAGUGAAAAACGCCAACGAUCUGCCCAAACUUGUUGAAGGUCUCAAGCGUCUUUCCAAGUCUGAUCCAUGUGUGUUGACAUCCAUCAAUGAGUCCGGAGAGCACAUCGUGGCUGGCGCUGGUGAGCUGCAUCUUGAGAUUUGCUUGAAAGAUCUCGAGGAAGACCACGCUGGUGUCCCACUUCGAGUUUCAGAUCCCGUGGUCUCAUACCGUGAGUCUGUGGGUGCUAUGUCCAGCAUGACUGCGCUCUCGAAGUCCCCAAACAAGCACAACCGUCUAUACGUGACUGCUCAGCCAAUGGAGGAGGAGCUUUCGAAAGACAUUGAGAGUGGGAAGAUCGGACCUCGAGACGACUUCAAAGCCCGGGCCCGCAUAUUGGCUGAUGAGCAUGGCUGGGACGUGACUGACGCACGGAAGAUCUGGUGUUUCGGUCCUGAUACCACUGGUGCCAAUCUACUCGUCGACCAGACCAAGGCGGUUCAAUAUCUUAACGAAAUCAAGGACUCCGUCGUUUCAGGCUUCCAGUGGGCUACCAGAGAAGGGCCUAUUGCCGAAGAACCAAUGCGAUCCGUUCGCUUCAACAUCAUGGAUGUCACCCUUCACGCUGAUGCAAUCCAUCGUGGAGGCGGGCAAAUCAUCCCGACAGCUCGCCGUGUUCUAUACGCUGCUACUCUUCUUGCUGAUCCUGGUAUCCUCGAGCCUGUCUUCUUGGUCGAAAUCCAGGUGCCCGAACAGGCGAUGGGAGGUAUUUAUGGCGUGCUCACACGGAGAAGAGGUCACGUGUUCUCUGAAGAACAACGCCCAGGAACUCCUUUGUUCAAUGUGAAGGCGUACUUGCCUGUCAACGAGUCCUUUGGCUUCGCCGCUGAUCUGCGAUCAAACACCGGUGGUCAAGCAUUUCCGCAAUCAGUCUUCGAUCACUGGCAAAUCCUUCCUGGUGGCUCGCCGCUUGACGUCAACACUAAGCCUGGUCAAGUUGUGCAGACGAUGCGAAAGCGAAAGGGUAUUAAGGAGAUUGUUCCAGGAUACGAAAAUUUCUUUGCGGAUGUGGUUGCAAGGAAGGUUGCCUCGGUCCGGACGAUAGAUGAUACCACAAUCCACGAGCAUCACGAGAGGACGGGCGGAGCUAACAAAGGCAUCAACAUCGCUCCAAAACAUGCGACUGCUUCUAAAGUAGACAGCAACAGCUUCGCAGAGAAAUGGGUGAUGAUGCAUUUGUCCACGGAACAAGCGGGCGAAGUCAAAGCUUGGAUGGUGAAGAGGCUUGAAGACAUCUCUGACGCCGAUCCUGAAAUCCUCAGCGAUUACAUAUGGGCCAUUCUACAGUCGGACACAAGCGAUGAAGAAAUCAGAAAGAGCGCGAUCGAGAACCUUGAGGACUUUCUGAAAGAGCAUACCGUCAAGUUCGUAGACGAAAUCUUCGACCGUUAUGUGCCCAAACCUCUACCUCCGACAGUAUCCUCCGCCAAAUCUUCCGUCACCAGCUUUAACAAGCAAUUGGCUGGCGGGUUCCCCAUACAAUCCUACGAGUCGGGCUCCUUCGGCAACCAGAAACAGGCAGAUAAGUUCAACACGGGCAGAAAACGCUCCUACCAUGACGCGAACAGCUAUGGACAAGACUUACACUAUGGUAAUGGCAAUGGCGUGUCUACUAAGGCCUCUCGCGCAAGGAGAGCUCCUCGAGACACACGAGCGUCAGGACAUACUAUGUCCUCACAAAAAUAUCCUUCGCCUGCCAUGAGUACAUCCUUUCCGCUCCUCCACGCACCGGCCCCGCCAACACCUCCACCUGGUUUCCCCGCUUUCGAUGCAAACAACCCGAUGGCAGCGUUAGCAAUUAUGCAGACUAUGUUCCCACAGAUGACCGGCAUGCUCCCACCGUCACCCAAUGGCGAGCAGGGGUUUUUGGGCAACAAGGUACGCUGUCAUGAUUAUGACACCAAAGGCUACUGCACCCUCGGUAGUUCUUGUCCUUUCGAGCACGGAAACGAUCCAAUCAUCGCGCCUAGAGAGGACGAAUAUGAUCCUACCAGAGCAAAUUUCAGUAUGAACGGGACAAAGAGCAGAACUCCCAGAGCCAGUAGUCGCGUGCAGAGAACACGAGAGACCUUAGGAGGACUUCAGCACUUCGACGUAAAACGAAACAACAGGGCUGCGUUCUCAGAUUUCCGACUGCCUCCUGAUAAAACCUUCACUACCAUUGUAGUUGAGCAGAUUCCAGAAGAAUAUUUUGAAGAUGUAACAGUACGAGACUUCUUCUCGCAAUAUGGCAAAGUGCUUGAGGUGAGCAUGAAGCCAUACAAGCGCCUCGCUAUCGUAAAAUAUGAGACCCAUGGGGCUGCAAAGCGGGCUUGGGAGAGCCCGAAGGUUGUCUUUGACAAUCGUUUUGUCAAGGUCUACUGGUACAGACCCGAGCUGGACAAUACAAAAGUCAUGCUUGACGAUGUCACCACUGCUAAAAACGCCGAUCCAACUAUCACAACGGAGGCGGUAGACGAAGAAGCUUUCAAGGAGCUGCAGAACCAGAAACAAAGAGCAUACGAAGAGAGGAUGAGGACGAAGAAAGCCAUGGAGGACGCCAGGCAGGACCUUAUCCGGCGACGGGAGGACAUGGCGAAGGAACGUGAGGCUCUACUUAGAAAGCUUGCAAUUGCCGAAGGCCACGAACCGGGGCAGAGUAACACCAAUCGAAGCAAACCCCUGUGGGAUGGUAUGGUUGUGGACUCUCCAGAUCCUAAAAUCAAAGCACUGCGAGAUCAGCUAGCUAGGAUGCAGGACGAAGCUCGAAGCCUCGGCAUCGAUCCCGACGCACCCUCUAAUGCCGCACCCUACUCUCCUUCAACGGCGAAACGGGGGGGAUAUGGAGGCCCAAUACGUGGCGGUUUUGCAGCAAGAGCGGCAUACCGUGGCUAUGGGGCUCCAAGAGGCAACUAUAGGGGUAAUGGCUUUGUUCGAGGUCGCGACCCAUCGGUCAAGAAACUCGACAACCGACCGAAAAGCAUUGCCAUGUCCGGAGUGGAUUUCGAUACUGUCAAGGAAGAAAAUCUGCGCUCCUACUUGACGUUGAUGGGCCCUUUUGAAGAUAUCGAGCUGGAUCCGCAACGGACGGACUCGAGGAUCGUUGUCUUCGCAGAGAGAUGGCAAGCAGAGCAGGUGAUGCAUGGGAAAAGCGAUAUUCCUGGAGUCGGAAAGGUGGAGCUGUCUUGGGUGGCUAACACUGCAUACGGAAGUUCAGCGCAAGCAACGAGCGCUCAGGAGGAUGUAGUGUUGGGCGACGCUGGCGACAAUACACGAGCUUUCGCUGAGGAGGCACACCAGCCACGGGAUGACGACCUGGACGUCGCUGGGGCAGAUGACGACGAUUGGGGAAACAUUAGUUAA